AUGCAACAGACGAUUCAUACAGGAGAGAAACCCUUUGAAUGUCCUAACUGUGGGAAAAGGUUCAAAAACAAUUCCAGCCUGGUGACACACCAGAGGACUCACACAGGAGAGAAACCCUUUGAAUGUCCUGAUUGUGGAAAAGGUUUCAGUAAAAAUUCCAGCCUGGUGACACACCAGAGGACUCACACAGGAGAGAAACCCUUUGAAUGUCCUGACUGUGGGAAAGGUUUCAGUCAGAAUUCCAAUCUGGUGAAACACCAGACAAUUCAUACAGGAGAGAAACCUUUUGAAUGUUCUUAUUGUGGGAAAUGCUUCAGUCAGAAUUACCAUCUCGUGAUACACCAGAGGAGUCACACAGGAGAGAAACCCUUUGAAUGUCCUGACUGUGGGAAAGGUUUCAGUCAGAAUUCCAACCUGCUGAUGCACCAGACGAUUCAUACAGGAGAGAAACCUUUUGAAUGUCCUGAUUGUGGGAAAAGAUUCAAACACAAUUCCAGCCUGGUGACACACCAGAGGACUCACACAGGAGAGAAACCCUUUGAAUGUCCUGAUUGUGGGAAAAGUUUCAGUCAGAAUUACCACCUUGUGAUACACCAGAGGACUCACACAGUAGAGAAAGAGUUUGAAUGUUCUGAUCGUGGGAAAAGUUUCAGUAAGAAUUCCAACCUCAUGAUACACCAGAGGACUCACACAGGAGAGAAACUAUAUGAGUGUCCAAACUGUGGGAAAGAUUUCAGUACCAGGGCUAGCCUUUUAAAUCAUGUCCUUAUGCACACAGGAGAGGAACCAUUUAAGUGCCCCGAGUGUGCAUUGUGCUUCAGGAAACCUUCCAGCUUUAUCGCACACAAGAAAAUGCACCUGAGGCCCAAAGUGAUGAGUGUAGAGAAGACUUCCAGCUUGGUGAUACAUCAGUGGAUUAACUCCACAGAGAAACCCUGUGAGUGUCGAGGUUGCAGGAAAAGUUUCAUUAGAAAUUCCCAACUCACGAGACACAAGACCAUGCACACAGGAGAGAAACCCUUUGAAUGUCCUGAUUGUGGGAAAUGUUUCAAUAGAAAUUCCCACUUCAUAAUACACCAGAGGACUCACACAGGAGAAAAACCCUUUGAAUGUCCUGACUGUGGGAAACGUUUUAGUAAUAAUUCCAGCCUGGUGACACACCAGAGGACUCACACAGGAGAGAAACCCUUUGAAUGUCCUGACUGUGGGAAACGUUUUAGUAAUAAUUCCAACCUGGUAAUACACCAGAGGACUCACACAGGAGAGAAACCCUUUGAAUGUCCUGACUGUGGGAAACGUUACAUUCAGAAUUCCAGCCUGGUAAGGCACCAGAGGACUCACACAGGAGAGAAACCCUUUGAAUGUCCUUUCUGUGGGAAAAGCUUUAAUUAUAAUUCUGAUUUGCUGAUACACCAGAGGACUCACACAGGAGAGAAACUGUUUGAAUGUCCUUUCUGUGGGAAAGGUUUCAGUAAGAAUUCCUACCUGGUGAUACACCAGAGGACUCACACAGGAGAGAAACCCUUUGAAUGUUCUGACUGUGGGAAAACUUUCAUUACAAAUUCCCACCUGGUGACACACCAGAGGACUCACACAGGAGAGAAACCCUUUGAAUGUCCUGACUGUGGGAAAAGUUUCAUUACGAAUUCCCACCUGGUGUCACAUCAGAGGACUCACACAGGAGAGAAACCCUUUGAAUGUCCUGACUGUGGGAAAGGUUUCAGUCAGAAUUCCGGCCUGGUGACACACCAGAGGAGUCACACGGGAGAGAAACCCUUUGAAUGUCCUGAAUGUGGGAAACGUUACAGUCAGAAUUCCGGCCUGGUGAAACACCAGAGGAUUCACACAGAAGAGAAACUUUUUGAAUGUCCUGACUGUGGGAAAGGUUUCAUUGAAAAUUCCAGCCUGGUGACACACCAGAGGACUCACAUAGGAGAAAAACCCUUUGAAUGUCCUGAUUGUGGAAAAGGUUUCAGUAAAAAUUCCUACCUGGUGACACACCAGAGGACUCACACGGGAGAGAAACCCUUUGUAUGUCCUGACUGUGGGAAACGUUACAUUCAGAAUUCCAGCCUGGUAACACACCAGAGGACUCACACGGGAGAGAAACCCUUUGAAUGUCCUGACUGUGGGAAAGGUUUUAGUAAUAAUUCCAGCCUGGUGACACACCAGAGGACUCACACAGGAGAGAAACCCUUCGAAUGUCCUGACUGUGGGAAAUGUUACAGUCAUUAUUCUAGCCUGGUAAUACACCAGAGGACUCACACGGGAGAGAAACCCUUUGAAUGUCCUAUCUGUGGGAAAAGCUUUAGUAAUAAUUCCAAUCUGGUGACACACCAGAGGACUCACACAGGAGAGAAACCCUUUGAAUGUCCUGACUGUGGGAAACGGUACAGUCAUUAUUCCAGCCUGGUAAUACACCAGAGGACUCACACAGGAGAGAAGCCCUGUGAAUGUCCUAUCUGUGGGAAAAGCUUUAGUAAUAAUUCCAAUCUGGUGAUACACCAGAGGACUCACACAGGAGAGAAACCUUUUGAAUGUUCUUUCUGUGGGAAAAGUUUCAGUCAGAAUUCCAACCUGGUGAAACACCAGAGGACUCACACAGGAGAGAAACCCUUUGAAUGUCCUGAUUGUGGGAAAAGUUUCAGUCAGAAUUAUGACCUGGUGAACCAUCACUCUGGGGAAAAACCAUAUAAGUGUCCAGAUUGUGGGAAAAGUUUCCUUUGGAAUUGUCGACUGGUGAGUCACCAGAGGACUCACAUAGGAGAUGGUGGGAUAUUGAGGCCAGAAGCCACAGACAGAGCUGAAGUCACGAGCCGACAAGAGAGCUGCAAACCCAAAUCCAGCCAGACGAGCGAGCGGAGCACUUGGAGAAUCUACGUGCCGCCAGCGCCUUUCAACCCUGCGGAAGAGAAGUGGGGAUCCUACAUGUCCCGCUUCGAAUGCUUCCUGGUGGCCAGCGACCAGCAGGGGCUGCCUGAUGUACGGAAGAAAGCCCUGUUCCUGAGCCAUUGUGGAGCGAAGGUGUUCAAUAUGGCCAAGGCCCUGUCGGAACCGAACUCAGUCCACACCAUCUCGUGGCAGACGCUUCAGUCACUGCUGAAGGACCACUAUGCCCCAACACCAUCGAAGUACGUCCAACGGUUUGACUUCCGACAACGGCUGCAGCAGGAGGGAGAAUCGAUCAGCGAGUACGUCACUGCCCUGCGUAAGGCUGCAAACCAAUGCGAGUACAGAGACCUCGAUGAGAUGCUGCUAGAGCAACUAAUCUGCGGAGUGAGAGAUAUUCGUGUGCAGAGGAGGUUGCUCUCAAAGACAAAUCUCAUGCUACACAUCGCACUGGAUGAGGCGAGGGCUCAAGAAUCCUCAUCCAAGGCAGCUGAGAGACUACAGGGGACGACGCAGAGCAGAACGGCACAGAAGUCAACCCCGGUUCACCAGGAAACCGUGGGAACGGAGAGCGAGGGAGAGUCAGAUGGGGAAGUCUACCAGACAGAACAAUACUGGCAGAACAGGCGAGGUCAACGAGAUGCCUGUACCUGCAAGUUCCGAGACGCCAUUUGCCAGCAAUGCGAGCGGAAGGGGCACAUCGCCAGAGUCUGCAGAGCCAAGCAGAACCCCCAUUACAAGCCACAGAGCAACGUGAGCCAAUCAGAGACGGCGCAGCGGAUGAGAACCAAUUCGAAGGGCGGCUACAGGAGAAGUGCGAAAUCUGAGGAUCUCGAGGCCUGCACCAUCCGAAUCAGCCGGACCUGCACAUCCCCCGGGGAAAAGACCUACACGAUGGUUGGUAUCGAGCGGCAGGAGUGCGUAAUGGAGAUCAACACCGGAUCUCCAAUUACCAUCAUGUCCUGGGACAAGCUAAAGGAGGCCGUCCCCAGCAUCCAGAUACGGCAACUACGGCACCAGCGGCUGGGACUGCGCGAUUACCAGGGGAACCGCAUCCCCGUGGAAGGAAUCGGCGUGUUCCAGGUGGAGCUGAAACCAAGGAGGGUACCUUUCGCCCUGAAGCCCAAGAUCGACGUGGAAUUGGACAAAUUGAUAAAGCAAGGGGUGUUAGUGCCAGUCGAUCAUGCUCAGUGGGAGACCCCAAUUGUGACCCCCAUUAAACCGGACGGGUCUGUGCGCAUCUGCGCUGACUAUAAGUGUACAAUCAACAAGGCCCUACAGCAGAGCGCCUAUCCGGGUCCGAUCGUGCAUCACCUUCUACUCCAGUUUGGAGUCAGCAUAGCUCCAGGAUUAUUCCAGAGCACCAUGGAGCGACUGCUACAGGGGAUCCCCGGGGUGGUCCCGUAUUUCGAUGAUGUGCUAGUCACCGCAGGAGACGAACAGCAGCUAGGGGAGAGGCUGAGACAAGUCCUAGGAAAGUUCAGGAGUGCAGGACUCAGGGUCAAAGGCAACAAGUCAUACUUCUAUCGCCUGGUACAUCGACCAGGGGUGAGCAUGGGCAAUGCCGAUACCCUCAGCCAUUGCCUGUUACCGGACAGGAUAGAGGACCCCAUGCCUGGAGUUCCAGUCCUGCUGAUUGACGUCUUGGACUCGGGGCCCAUCACUUCAGCAGAGGUAUUUAUGGUCGUAGUGGAUGCUUUCUCGAAGUGGUUGGAGAUCAGACUCAUGAAAACCACUACCACCAACGCCGUCAUUAGGGAACUAAGGCAGUUGUUCGCCAUCCAUGGCCUACUGGACACUUUAGUCUCAGAUAACGGGCCCCAGUUCAUGGCCACGCAGUUUGAGGGGUAUCUAGCAGAGUUGGGGAUCAGACACGUCCUCUCCGCCCCGUUUCAUCCGGCUAGUAAUGGAUUGGCGGAGAGAUUUUGCCCUGAUCGAGCACGGAGUCGCCGACCGCUGGUGAUUCCGUUGGAGGCUCGCGGCUGUCGUUAUCGGAGUGAGGAACGGGCGGCCGCCAUUUUGGGAUCGUUCGGCGGUGUUCCCUUUUUUUGGGGACUGUUGACAGAUCUGGAGCAGGCAUUUGAGCAGCAUUUGAGCAACGAUCAACCUAGGGCAGGACACAAACGGAGUAAAGCCAAGACUUCUGAUAGACCUGCCAAAACAUCUCGUUCCAAGGCCUUAGCUCAUACCAGAGUUGAGCUGCGCCGCCAUAAAGCACUUGAAAAACAAUUUGAAAAGGUCAGAAAGACCAAGGGAUCAUUAGCCUGUCCUGAAUUGGCUGCGGAACCUCCCUCUCCGUCCAACUCUACAACCAGAGACGGUGUAGCCAGAUCCCAGUCAGGGACCUCUGACUGUUGUUGCUACCAGGGCGAGCCUAUGUCGAAUUUGCAGGCUUCAAGGAGGGUUUCGAUGUCCCUGCCCAAUGUCUCUUUGGCACCUCUGAGUGAUCAGCCUGUGAGUUCUAGGCGUGCCCCUGAGGCGACCUUUACACCAACGGCGGCGGGGCUUCAGCCAGAAGAACCCGCCUCUCAGCUGGAGCUUCAGUCCAUGUUGUCAGAUGCCUUGGCGAAGAUUUUGGCGGCUGGACUCCAACAAGGUUCCAGCGCGUCUCAACCUUCUGCUGCGAGCUCUCAUACUCAAGGUCGCCCUGCUCGCCGUACUGAGGCACCAGCUUUGGCUCCUGUGGAGGUUACGUCAUCUGAGGAGUCGGACCAGGCUGGUGACGGUCCUGAAGAUCUUGAAUUCUCAGAGGAUGAAGGCUUGCCACCUGACAAGCCGGUAUUUGUUGGACUUUUUCGACCUUCUGUUUUUAAAUCGCUAUUGUAUAAGGCUAAGGUCACUACCCAAUGUGGUUUGAUAACUUCACCAUCUGACAGUGUUACACCGGCUGCAUCCCCUCAUGACGCCUUGUUUCAGGUGUCCAAGCCAGAUAAGGACGUCAUCCCUUGCCCACCGCUGUUUACUGAGAUGGUUCAGAGUGCGUUUGGGCAUCCUGGGUCUCUAACUGCCCCAAGUAAUCUGGACAAGCGUCUUUAUUGUGCAGCUUCGGAGUUAGAGGACAUAUUGGGUCUACCAUCUGUUGAUACGCCUGUGGCCAGCCUUUCAUCUCCUUCUGUUAUAUCCGCUGACGUAUUGGAUGGAUUGAAGUCUGAGGAACGUAAGGCCGAGUUGGGCUUUAGGAAGAUGCAUGAGGCAGCUGCUUGGGCGAUCAAGGUAGCUACUGCCAUUUCGUUCUUCAAUAGAGCUACAUUGUUCUGGCUUCGGCAGCUGCAGGAGCGUCUCCCUGCGAAUGAGACGCGCAUCCAACAAGAUAUCAACAAAAUUGUGGCGGCUACAGAGUACUCAGCGGAUGCUUCCCUUAAUGCCGCUAAAUUCGCCUCUCGCGCCUUAGCAUCGUCAAUCACCAAUCGCCGUCUCUUCUGGCUUCAGUUCGUGCAGCGACGACAGUGGCCUGGGCUACGCAAGCUUCUGUCCUGGAUAUUUGCCGAGCAGCCACGUGGGCGUCGGCUUCGUCGUUCAUUCGCCCAGGAUAGUCAGCUUGGUGGAACGACAGCCAUGGCGGCCAUCCCGAAACCGCGGCAACCGGGAACAAAGAUCGUGCUGGAGGAGAGGAGGAGAAGCGGAGAGCGGAGCAGGGAGUUUGAAAGCCAGGUGAUACAUCAGAGGAUUAACUCCACAGAGAAACCCUGUGUGUGUCGAGGUUGCAGAAAAAGUUUCAUUAGAAAUUCCCAACUCAUGAGACACGAGACCAUGCACACAGGAGAUAAACUCUUUGAAUGUCCUGAUUGUGGGAAAGGUUUCAGUCAGAAUUCCAGCCUGGUGACACACCAGAGGAGUCACACGGGAGAGAAACCCUUUGAAUGUCCUGAUUGUGGGAAACGUUACAGUCUGAAUUCCAGCCUGGUAAGGCACCAGAGGACUCACACGGGGGAGAAACCCUUUGAAUGUCCUUUCUGUGGGAGAAGCUUUAAUUAUAAUUCCGAUUUGCUGAUACACCAGAGGACUCACACAGGAGAGAAACUGUUUGAAUGUGCUUUCUGUGGGAAAGGUUUCAAUAAGAAUUCCUACCUGGUGAUACACCAGAGGACUCACACAGGAGAGAAACCCUUUGAAUGUUCUGAAUGUGGGAAAACUUUCAUUACGAAUUCCCACCUGGUGACACACCAGAGGACUCACACAGGAGAGAAACCCUUUGAAUGUCCUGACUGUGGGAAAAGUUUCAUUACGAAUUCCCACCUGGUGACACACCAGAGGACUCACACAGGAGAGAAACCCUUUGAAUGUCCUGACUGUGGGAAAGGUUUCAGUCGCAAUUCCAACCUGGUGAAACACCAGAGGAUUCACACAGGAGAGAAACCCUUUGAAUGUCCUGACUGUGGGAAAGGUUUAUGUCAGAAUUCCCACCUGGGGAUACACCAGAGGAUUCACACAGGAGAGAAACUCUUUGAAUGUCCUGACUGUGGGAAAGGUUUCACUCAGAAUUCCAACCUGGUAAGGCACCAAAGGACUCACACGGGAGAGAAACCCUUUGAAUGUCCUAUCUGUGGGAAAAGCUUUAGUGAUAAUUCCAAUUUACUGACACACCAGAGGACUCACACAGGAGAGAAACCAUUUGAAUGUCCUGAUUGUGGGAAGGGUUUUAGUGAUAAUUCCAGCCUGGUAAGGCACCAGAGGACUCACACAGGAGAGAAACCCUUUGAAUGUCCUGAUUGUGGGAAAAGUUUCAGUCAGAAUUCCUACUUGGUUAUACACCAGAGGACUCACACAGGAGAGAAACCCUUUGAAUGUUCUGGCUGUGGGAAAAGUUUCAGUCAGAAUUCCCACCUGGUGAUACACCAGAGGAUUCACACAAGAGAGAAACCCUUUGAAUGUCCUGACUGUGGGAAAGGUUUCAGUCAGAAUUCCAACCUGGUAAUGCACCAGAGGACUCACACAGGAGAGAAACCCUUUGAAUGUCCUGAUUGUGGGAAAGGUUUUAGUGAUAAUUCCAGCCUGGUGACACACCAGAGGACUCACACAGGAGAGAAACCCUUUGAAUGUCCUGACUGUGGGAAAAGUUUCAGUCAGAAUUCCCACCUGGUGACACAUCAGAGGACUCACACAGGAGAGAAACCCUUUGAAUGUCCUGAUUGUGGGAAAGGUUUUAGUGAUAAUUCCAGCCUGGUGACACACCAGAGGACUCACACAGGAGAGAAACCCUUUGAAUGUCCUGACUGUGGGAAAGGUUUCAGUCAGAAUUCCAACCUGGUGAAACACCAGAGGAUUCACACAGGACAGAAACACUUUGAAUGUUCUGACUGUGGGAAAAGAUUCAGUCAGAAUUCCCACCUGGUGAAACACCAGAGGAUUCACACAGGAGGGAAACCCUUUGAAUGUCCUGAUUGGGGAAAAGUUUCAGUCAGAAUUAUGACCUGGUGACUCACUCUGGGGAAAAACCAUAUAAGUGUCCAGAUUGUGGGAAAAGUUUCCUCUGGAAUUGUCGACUGAUGAGUCACCAGAGGACUCAAAUAGAAGAGUAACCAUAUUUCAUUUCAUUUCAUUUAUUCAAAUUUCUAUACCGCCCUUCUCCUUUCGGACUCAGGGCGGUGAACAGCCAGAUAAAAAACAUCUAUACAAACAUCACAGUUAAAAAAUAAAGUUAAAAUAAUUUAUAAAUUUGGCCCAUAAUUUAAAACUUGUCAAUUUAAAAUAAAUAUUAAAAUUUUAAAACUAACCCUAAAAUCAGGACAGACCGGCUAGCUGAAAAAAAUGAGUUUUUAGGGCCCGACGAAAAAUCCGGAGGUCGGAGAUCACUCGUAUCUCUGGGGGUAGAUUGUUCCAUAGGGUAGGUGCCACCACAGAGAAGGCUCUCCUCCUGGGGGUCGUCAGCCGGCAUUGUCUGGCCGACGGCACCCUGAGGAGGCCCUCUCUGUGGGAGCGAACCGGCCGGUGGGAGGCUAUUGGUGGCAGAAGGCGGUCCCGUAAGUACCCUGGCCCUAAGCCAUGGAGCGCUUUAAAGGUGAUCACCAACACCUUGAAGCGCACCCGGAAGUCCACUGGAAGCCAAUGCAGCUCGCGCAGGAGAGGAGUCACAUGGGAGUGCCCCGUCGCUCCCAUAAUCCCCCACGCAGCCGCAUUCUGCACCAGUUGGAGCCUCCGGGUGCACCCCAAGGGGAGCCCCAUGUAGAGAGCGUUACAAUAGUCCAGACGAGAAGUGACGAGUGCUUGAGUGACCGUGCGUAGGGAGUCCCGGUCCAGAAAGGGGCGCAACUGGCGUAUCAGGCGAACCUGACAAAAAGCCCCCCUGGCCACGGCUGUCAUAUGCCCUUCUAAGGACAGCCGCGCAUCCAGGAGGACACCCAAGUUGCGGGCCCUCUCUGUGGGGGCCAAUGAUUCGCCCCCAAUAACCAGCAAUGGCGUCAGCUGGCUAUACCGGGACGCCGGCAGCCACAGCCACUCGGUCUUGGAAGGGUUGAGUCGAAGCCUGUUUCUCCCCAUCCAGACCCGCACGGCCUCCAGGCACUGGGACAUCACUUCCAAGGCAUCAUUGGGAUGGUCUGGGGUGGAAAUGUACAGCUGAGUAUCAUCAGCGUACUGAUGGAACUCCAACCCAAAACCACGGAUGAUCUCACCCAGCGGCUUCACAUAAAUGUUGAACAGGAGGGGCGAGAGGACCGACCCUUGCGGCACCCCACAAACAAGGCGCCUUGGGGUCGACCGCUGCCCCCCUGUCAACACAGAUUGCGACCGGUCGGAGAGAUAGGAGGAGAACCACCGCAGAACAGUGCCCCCCACUCCCAGUCCCUCCAGCCGGCGCAACAUGAUACCAUGGUCGAUGGUAUCAAAAGCCGCUGAGAGGUCUAAUAGGACCAGGAUAGAGGAAUAACCCCUAUCCCGGGCCCUCCAGAGAUCAUCCACCAACGCGACCAAUGCCGUUUCCAUGCUGUACCCAGGUCUGAAGCCGGACUGGAGCGGAUCCAGAUAGACAGCUUCAUCCAGGUACUGGGGGAGCUGUCGCGCCACCACACUCUCAACAACCUUCGCAAUAAAGCGAAGGUUGGAGACUGGACGAUAGUUAGCCAAAAUAGCCGGAUCCAGGGAUGGCUUCUUGAGGAGAGGCCUCACCACCGCCUCUUUCAAGGCGGCCGGCAGGACACCCUCGCUCAAAGAAGCGUUAAUAAUCCCCUGGAGCCAGCCUCGUGUAACCUCCCGGGAAGCCAGCACCAACCAGGAGGAACACGGGUCCAAUAAACAUGUGGUUGCGUUCAGUCGUCCCAAGAUCCUGUCCACGUCCUCGGGAGCCACAGGAUCGAACUCCUCCCAGAUAACACUCUCAAGGCCUGCCUCAGUCAUCUCGUCUGAACUAACCCAGUCGGCGGCCAAGUCUUCCCGAAUCUGAGUUAUUUUAUCAUCCAGAUACUGUACAAAAUCCUCAGCUCGGCCCUGCAAGGGGUCCUCCCGCGCUCCCAGAUGGAGGAGGGAGCGGGUCACCCUAAACAGGGUGGCUGGGCGGUUAUCUGAUGACGCGAUAAGAGCGGCAAAAUAGCUAGAUUUCGCCGCUUUUAUCGCCACUAGGUAGGUCUUAAUAUGAGACCUUACCAGUGUCAAGUCAGACUCGGAACGAAUGGCCCUCCAACCGCUCUCUAGGCGUCUUUUCCGGCGCUUCAUCUCCCUCAGCUCCUCGGAAAACCAAGGAGCUAAGUGAGUUCGGUGCCGGGUCAGAGGCCGCAAAGGCACGACCCGGUCCAAAGCCCCGGCAGCCGCCCUAUCCCAGGCGGCCACCAGGUCAUCAGCCGAGUCAUGAGCUAGAGUCUCAGGAAAUGGCCCAAGCUCCAUCUGGAACCUAUCAGGGUCCAUCAGGCGCCUGGGGCGGAACCACCUGGUCGGUUCCGCCUCCCUGCGACGGGGUACGGCGGUCAGAAAGUCAAGUCGAAGGAGCGAGUGGUCAGACCAUGACAAGGGUUCAAUAUCUACAUCCCCUAUAUCAAGGCCACUCAACCACUGACCAGAGAUAAAAACUAAGUCCAGAGUGUGUCCCCCCAUAUGAGUAGGGCCGUGAAUUACUUGGGUCAGGUCCAUGGCCGUCAUGGAAGCCAUGAACUCCCGAGCUACCUCAGAUGUUUCACCGAUGGAUGGCAGGUUGAAAUCCCCCAUGACCACAAGUCUGGGGGUAUCAGCCGCCACCUCGGCUAUAACAUUGAGGAGCUCGGGCAGGGUCGUUGCCACGUGGCAGGGAGCCAGGUACGUGAUCAACAGACCCAUCUGCGCCCCAUGACCCCACUUCACAAAAAGGGACUCACAUCCGGCUAUCUGAGGUACAGUGGUCUCCCUCGGAUCAAGACCUUCUUUUAGAAUAUGAGUGUCCAGACUGCAAAGAUUUCAGUACUAAGGAUAGCCUUCCAAAUCAUAAGCUUAUAUACACGGGAGAAACCAUUUAAGUGCUCUGAGUGUGCAUGCUUCUUCAGGAAAUCUUCCACCCUUAUUGCACACAAGAAAAUGCACCUGAGGCCCAAAAUGAUGAGUGUAGAGAAGGCUUGAAUUUCAACUGAGAAAUUGACUCUUUAAUUUGAGUACAAAGAAUUUGCCUGAUUUUUUGUCAUCAAAUAUGUCAUGGUAUUAGAUGGGAAGGAGGAAAGAAAAAAGUGGAACAUGUUAAUUUGAUAAGGACUGUUUGGCCAUUAACAGCAGAAAUUGCUGGAUAUUUUAUUUUUGCAAAAAUUGUAGAAAUCUGCAAACAUCUUUUUAGGAGUGUUCUUUCCAUUUUUAUCAUAACAAAUUAUUGAAAUGCCACAUGAAGAGGCCCCGUCUUCUCCCUGGGUGUCCUCCCCCAAUCAGCUUUUCCAGGCUGCAGGGAUUGCUACAGACCAUCGCUGCCUCCGUGCCUCACAUUUUGAGCCUCUGAACACUCCAUUUCAGACUUUUCAAGGCUGCAGGAAUCGCCAGAGCAUAUUGCCACCUCUGUGCAUUGCAUUUUCAGCCUCCACAGCCCUUUUAUGGCCUGUGCACAUUGUGUUUUUGGGUGGUCCCAGGCCGCCGAUCCUGCCCAAAAAUACAAUGCGCAGAGGCCAAAAAUAGGGCGUGCAGAGGCCGAAAACAUGAUCCGCAGAGGCUGAAAACACGAUGUACAGAGGCAGCAAUCAGUGGCGAUGUGCUCUGGCAUAGGUCUAAAACGCAAUGUGUGGAGGCCAAAAAUGGCCAAAGGGUGGGGCCGGUGGGUGGGCUUGGCUACAUUCAGUAUAUUAGACGCACCCAAAUUUUCACUCUCUUAGGGGGAGAAAACUGUGUCUUAUACUCCGAAAAACAUAGUAGUUUAUCUUUUCCUAACAAUUGCAGAAAUUCAUUGCGCCAAGCAUGUCUGCUCAGAUUUUGUCAAGAAUGAGGCAUGCAAGUGGGAGACACCAUACAAAUAGCAAAUAUAUUGGGGGAGUUUGAGGCAGUGACAAAAGCAGUGUAGAAUUUCUGAUGUAAAUGUUCUGCCCUACAGGUGACCUUCAUGGAGAAGAGCUGUAGGAAUAUUGAGUUGAGGAGAAAAGGGAUUGUGUGUCAGGUCCCCAUAGAUCCUUGUGGGGAUGCUGCCAUUCUGGCAGGGACAGCCUGAAUGCCAUUUUAUGAUAUUUUCCCGUUUCUGCCCUUUUCUCAACUUUAAUGUACUUUCCUAGAAAUGGGAGGGGUGAGGAAUUGCCUGUGGCCAUCUGUUUUGUCUCAGCUCCAACAGAAGGGGCAAGCAGUGCCUGAGAACAACUUCUUACCACCUUCUCAACUCAGAGGUCUCACAACAACUUUGCACCUGUGUAUUGGCUCCCUUUGGAUUGGGCAGAGAGGAGGGGUUUCUACAACUUUUUACCUAACGGUUCUGAGCGGGAACUUCAGAUCCUACCUUGCUCUACUUACUAUCACUGUCUCUCAAUAAACAUUUCCUUUUGAAAUCC